AUGUGGCGGCGCAUCGGCGUGGAACCAGCAGAGCCUCUGGUGCGCCUGGGAGUCGAGCCGCGGGAGGAAGUAGAGUCAAGAACGGGAACGUGGGAGGAAGAAGAGGAGGAGGAAGGGGAACGAGGCCUCUUUGUCUGUUCACCCGCAACGGAUCACCCAGGUUCUUCCGCCGCUGGUCCCUCUGUUCCCGCUUCCGCGCCUUCUGCAUCCCCAUCAACCCUCACCUCUCCCCAUUCUACGCAUUCUCCUCCCCCGUUUGUGCCCGCGCGUCCCCCCAUUCCCCCCGGCACGCCUCUGCUGUCCGUGCCUCUGCGCGCCACGCUGUGGGUGCCGCUGCACGCCACGUCAACAGCAGGGGGAGGAGGAAGGGGUAGCGGCACUCCAGUGCAGCGACUGGCGAUUGCGCUGCUGCAGGCGGUUUGCGGGACAGGGGAGGGUGGGAUGGGCGCGGGGGAGGGGGAGGAAGGGAGAGGAGAAGUGGGGAUGGAGGCUGGAGGAGAAAAGCAGACGCAGGUGGAGGAGGAAGGGACGAGUUUCGAGACGUCUCAACAGAUGGCGGGCAGCAUAUGGUGGCAGUAUGCGGAGGAGUUGCUGCCGAGCGAGAUCGAGGCACGUGAUAUUCUGACUCUGGCCGAUUGGAGCGACGAGGAGUUAGAGCACCUGCAGUCGGGCCCAGCAGCAGCGGAGGUGCGAGCAUACGCGGCAGAGAUGGCAGCCAUGGAAGCAGCAGUUGCUGUAGCCGUGCCGAGGGCAGGGAGAGAGAGAGCCCGCUGGGCUCUGCGUGUUGUCACCUCACGGUCCUUCUCCAUCUCUAAUGCCGCUGACCCUGCCGGUGCUGCUGGUGCUGUGGAAUCUAGAGGAGCCACUACGGAGUCGCUGCUCAGGGAAGGGGGUGGUGGUGAUGGUGGAGGUGGCGGUGGAGGUGGAUCGGCGGAGCUCUUGCCGUCCGCGUUUCAGGUUGGUUCCUCCUUUGCCAUCCUCUGUCCUCUUGCCCAAUCACACCUGCUUCACUUCCACUCUUGGCACCGACGCAGAAACUCACCCGUGGUUCUGUACUCUGCUGCUGCUGUACUCGUGGUUCUGUACUCUGCUGCUGCUGUACUCGUGGUUCUGUACUCUGCUGCUGCUGUACUCGUGGUUCUGUACUCUGCUGCUGCUGUACUCGUGGUUCUGUACUCUGCUGCUGCUGUACUCGUGGUUCUGUACUCUGCUGCUGCUGUACUCGUGGUUCUGUACUCUGCUGCUGCUGUACUCGUGGUUCUGUACUCUGCUGCUGCUGUAUUCGUGGUUCUGUACUCUGCUGCUGCUGUACUCGUGGUUCUGUACUCUGCUGCUGCUGUACUCGUGGUUCUGUACUCUGCUGCUGCUGUACUCGUGGUUCUGUACUCUGCUGCUGCUGUACUCGUGGUUCUGUACUCUGCUGCUGCUGUACUCGUGGUUCUGUACUCUGCUGCUGCUGUACUCGUGGUUCUGUACUCUGCUGCUGCUGUACUCGUGGUUCUGUACUCUGCUGCUGCUGUACUCGUGGUUCUGUACUCUGCUGCUGCUGUACUCGUGGUUCUGUACUCUGCUGCUGCUGUACUCGUGGUUCUGUACUCUGCUGCUGCUGUACUCGUGGUUCUGUACUCUGCUGCUGCUGUACUCGUGGUUCUGUACUCUGCUGCUGCUGUACUCGUGGUUCUGUACUCUGCUGCUGCUGUACUCGUGGUUCUGUACUCUGCUGCUGCUGUACUCGUGGUUCUGUACUCUGCUGCUGCUGUACUCGUGGUUCUGUACUCUGCUGCUGCUGUACUCGUGGUUCUGUACUCUGCUGCUGCUGUACUCGUGGUUCUGUACUCUGCUGCUGCUGUACUCGUGGUUCUGUACUCUGCUGCUGCUGUACUCGUGGUUCUGUACUCUGCUGCUGCUGUACUCGUGGUUCUGUACUCUGCUGCUGCUGUACUCGUGGUUCUGUACUCUGCUGCUGCUGUACUCGUGGUUCUGUACUCUGCUGCUGCUGUACUCGUGGUUCUGUACUCUGCUGCUGCUGUACUCGUGGUUCUGUACUCUGCUGCUGCUGUACUCGUGGUUCUGUACUCUGCUGCUGCUGUACUCGUGGUUCUGUACUCUGCUGCUGCUGUACUCGUGGUUCUGUACUCUGCUGCUGCUGUACUCGUGGUUCUGUACUCUGCUGCUGCUGUACUCGUGGUUCUGUACUCUGCUGCUGCUGUACUCGUGGUUCUGUACUCUGCUGCUGCUGUACUCGUGGUUCUGUACUCUGCUGCUGCUGUACUCGUGGUUCUGUACUCUGCUGCUGCUGUACUCGUGGUUCUGUACUCUGCUGCUGCUGUACUCGUGGUUCUGUACUCUGCUGCUGCUGUACUCGUGGUUCUGUACUCUGCUGCUGCUGUACUCGUGGUUCUGUACUCUGCUGCUGCUGUACUCGUGGUUCUGUACUCUGCUGCUGCUGUACUCGUGGUUCUGUACUCUGCUGCUGCUGUACUCGUGGUUCUGUACUCUGCUGCUGCUGUACUCGUGGUUCUGUACUCUGCUGCUGCUGUACUCGUGGUUCUGUACUCUGCUGCUGCUGUACUCGUGGUUCUGUACUCUGCUGCUGCUGUACUCGUGGUUCUGUACUCUGCUGCUGCUGUACUCGUGGUUCUGUACUCUGCUGCUGCUGUACUCGUGGUUCUGUACUCUGCUGCUGCUGUACUCGUGGUUCUGUACUCUGCUGCUGCUGUACUCGUGGUUCUGUACUCUGCUGCUGCUGUACUCGUGGUUCUGUACUCUGCUGCUGCUGUACUCGUGGUUCUGUACUCUGCUGCUGCUGUACUCGUGGUUCUGUACUCUGCUGCUGCUGUACUCGUGGUUCUGUACUCUGCUGCUGCUGUACUCGUGGUUCUGUACUCUGCUGCUGCUGUACUCGUGGUUCUGUACUCUGCUGCUGCUGUACUCGUGGUUCUGUACUCUGCUGCUGCUGUACUCGUGGUUCUGUACUCUGCUGCUGCUGUACUCGUGGUUCUGUACUCUGCUGCUGCUGUACUCGUGGUUCUGUACUCUGCUGCUGCUGUACUCGUGGUUCUGUACUCUGCUGCUGCUGUACUCGUGGUUCUGUACUCUGCUGCUGCUGUACUCGUGGUUCUGUACUCUGCUGCUGCUGUACUCGUGGUUCUGUACUCUGCUGCUGCUGUACUCGUGGUUCUGUACUCUGCUGCUGCUGUACUCGUGGUUCUGUACUCUGCUGCUGCUGUACUCGUGGUUCUGUACUCUGCUGCUGCUGUACUCGUGGUUCUGUACUCUGCUGCUGCUGUACUCGUGGUUCUGUACUCUGCUGCUGCUGUACUCGUGGUUCUGUACUCUGCUGCUGCUGUACUCGUGGUUCUGUACUCUGCUGCUGCUGUACUCGUGGUUCUGUACUCUGCUGCUGCUGUACUCGUGGUUCUGUACUCUGCUGCUGUCUCCGCCCUCCUUUUCCUCCCCCUGCAACACCUUCCCAUCCCAUCCUUCCGUCUCGUCCUUCGUACACUCCCCCCUCUCCCCACGUUCAGGUGCUGUCGCUUCCUGCCCGGAGCUCUCCUCUCCCCUCAUCCCGGGUGCUCCUCUCAACCGCGGCACGUGCUGGUCCCUCUGGUGCUGGUGCCGCUAGUGGACAUGGCCAACCACGCCUGCAGCACUGCCACGGAAUCACACGCUGCUGUGCAACCUUCUGCCACGUGGCGCAUCAGGAGAGGGCGGACGCAGGGACCUGCAUCCGCUCUUCUUCCUCUGCGUUUUGAGGUGCUGGCAUCACGCCCUCUCCGCCCCGGCGCCCAAGCCACGAUCUCGUACAACCCUUUUUCAAAGCUCUCAACAGUCACCUUCCUCGCCUGCCCAACCUCCCCACCUCAUCCACACCGUCCCCUCCGCGCUUUGAGCUACUCGCAUCUCGCCCCCUCUGUCCCGGCGCCAAGUGACCAUCUCGGCUCGUCAUCCGCCCCCGGCCCUCCACGCUUUGAGCUGCUCGCAUCUCGCCCACUGCGCCCCGGCGCCCAAGUGACCAUCUCCUACGGCCCCCUCACCUCCCUCGCCUUCCUUCUCUCCUUCGGCUUCCUCCCCCGCAGCAACCCCGCCAAUCGAAUCACCAUCUACUCGCAUUCGGAGCAAAUGAUGGAUGAUGUGGAGGAGAGGGUCACGCGCCUGCAGCACAAACGGCACCUGCUCUCACAGAUGACCCCAGAGGACGCUCCUCUCCUCGCCUACACUGCACAAGCGGCACCUGUGAGGCCCUCGUCUCUGCUCUCCCAGAUGACCCCAGAGGACGCUCCUCUCCUCGCCUACACCGCCCCUCACUGCUCCUCGCCUGCACUCACCUCCUCUCGUUCUCGCUUGCUCACUCUUCAGUCCUUCUUCCACUCCCCAUCUAACCACCUGGUCCGCCUCCCUGUCCACUCAUUCGGGCGACCUAGCAGUGAGGCUGAUGGAGUGCGGCAUAGCAACAAGGCUGAUGGAGUGCGGCAUAGCAACAAGGCUGAUGGAGUGCGGCAUAGCAACAAGGCUGAUGGAGUGUCUGCUCGUACUGCAUGCAUCAUCAGCAAACCAGCUCGCUCACCUCGACCACCCACCUGCCCCUCUCUCUCACACUUUCUCUCUGCCCUUCCACUCUCCAUCCAUCAUGCCCAUUCAGGCGGCAUAGCAACAAGGCUGAUGGAGUGUCUGCUCGUGCUGCAUGCAUCAUCAGCAGAGGAGCUCGCUCAUCUCGACCACCAAUGGACCGCCUCUCGUUCUCUCGCUGCUGCCAACGUCUCCCCGCGUACACGCUCCAUCGCAGCCAAGCAGCUGGUGGAUCGCUGUAGGGAGCUUUUGAACGACUACCCGACCACCCUGCAAGCCGAUGAGGCGCAGCUGGAGCAGCUCAAGGGACCCGUGGUGAAUGAUGAGCAGAGAGAGGGGAGAGGAAGUGCAGGUAGUGAGGGGAGUGGGCAUGAGCAGGAGGGGAAAAUGCGGCGGCGCAUGCAGGCAGCAGUGGAGUACCGAGUGGAGGAGAAACGGAUCCUUGCAGACGCGGUUGCUCGCUACGGCCGGAUGGUGCUGGUGUGA